UUUCUCUUUUUAUUGAGAAAAAAAGAAAAAAGAAAAAGGGAAAAGUCAUGUAAACAGGUAUUGGCACGUAUACGAAAAAGGAAGUAGUCAAAUCUUCGAACAUGAACAUUGGGAUGCACAACACCAAAUGUUAAGCUUAUCAAGAGACCCUCAUUUUCCGCUUCUUUAUUAAAAAUAAAAUAAUUAAAUUAUAUAUAUUUAGAAACCAUAUUUAAAACGCAGGAGAAACAUAUCGAUCACAGAAUCUCAACCACUUCUUUCUCUCUUACAAAACCAGAGACAGAACGAAGCUGACUGUUCGUAGCUUCUCAAGUUUUCAAUUCCCAUAGUCUUUGUUUGCUGGGGCUUUUGCUUUCUCUGAAAAUGGAGGGCGUUGAUCAUUUAGCGCACGAGCGGAGCAAGGCGCAGUUCGAUGUGGAUCAGAUGAAGGUCGUCUGGGUCGGUUCUCGCCAUGCCUUGCAAGUCUCCGAUCGAAUUGCUCGCCUCGUAGCUAGCGAUCCGGUAUUAAGAAAGGAUAAUAGAACUAUGAUGACUAGAAAGGAGUUGUUCAAAAACACAUUGAGAAAAGCAGCUCAUGGAUGGAAACGGAUUAAUGAGCUUCGACUUUCUGGUGUGUCUCCAUCUGGAAGAUCUUGUUUCGUAGAUUUAUUGUUAUUUUCGUUGUUAUUAUUAUCAUUACUGUUACUAUUUUUAUAUUUUUCAAUAUCAUUUUUCAUUUGCUUUAAUAAUGCAAAUUAUGCUACCAUUGUUACAGAAGAAGAAGCAUCCUGGUUUAGGCAUUAUGUUGAUCAACCAGCAUAUACGGAUCUUCACUGGGGAAUGUUUGUGCCUUUUAUUAAAGGUUCUGGUACUGAGGAGCAGCAAAAGAAGUGGUUGCCGUUGGCAUAUAAGUUGCAAAUUAUUGGUUGCUAUGCACAGACUGAACUUGGUCAUGGCUCCAAUGUUCAAGGGCUUGAGACCACUGCAACUUUUGAUCCAAAGACUGACGAGUUUGUUCUUAAUAGUCCUACACUCACUUCAAGCAAAUGGUGGCCUGGUGGUUUGGGAAAAGCUGCUACACAUGCUGUUGCUUUUGCCCGUCUUAUUACUGAUGGAAAAGACCAUGGAGUAAAUGGUUUCAUUGUCCAACUUCGGAGCUUGGAUGAUCACUUACCUCUUCCAGGCAUAACAGUUGGUGAUAUCGGCAUGAAAUUUGGAAAUGGAGCAUACAACUCCAUGGACAAUGGUGUCCUGAGAUUUGAUAAUGUCCGCAUACCAAGGGAUCAAAUGUUGAUGAGGGUCGCACAAGUUACAAGAGAAGGAAAAUAUGUCCAAUCCAAUGUUCCACGACAGCUACUUUAUGGAACAAUGGUUUUUGUGCGGCAAACAAUUGUAGCUGAUGCUUCCACUGCUCUAUCACGGGCAGUAUGUAUUGCUACUAGGUAUAGUGCUGUUCGUCGACAAUUUGGUUCAGAAAAUGGUGGUGUUGAGACACAGGUGAUUGAUUAUAAGACUCAGCAAAGUAGGCUCUUCCCUUUGCUGGCUUCCGCCUAUGCUUUCAGAUUUGUUGGUGAGUGGUUGAAAUGGCUAUAUACGGAUGUAACACAAAAGUUGCAAGCAAAUGAUUUCUCCACAUUGCCUGAAGUUCAUGCAUGCACUGCGGGUCUGAAGUCACUGACUACUUCUGCAACUGCUGAUGCCAUUGAAGAAUGUCGGAAAUUAUGUGGUGGGCAUGGUUAUUUAUCUAACAGUGGGCUUCCUGAGUUAUUUGCUGUUUAUGUCCCGGCAUGUACAUAUGAAGGAGACAAUGUUGUUCUACUUCUACAGGUUGCAAGGUUUCUCAUGAAGACUGUUUCUCAGCUGCCGUCUGGUAAAAAGCCUGUUGGAACCACAUCUUAUAUGGGCCGUGCAGAACAUUUGAUCCAAUGUCGUUGUAAUGUUCAGAAAGUUGAAGAUUGGUUGAAACCCAGUGUGAUACUUGAGGCAUUUGAAGCAAGGGCGAUUAGGAUGUCGAUUGCCUGUGCUCAAGACCUUAGCAAGUUUUCAAAUCAAGAAGAAGGCUUUGCGGAACUCUCAUCUAAUUUAGCUGAGGCAGCAGUUGCUCAUUGCCAAUUGAUUGUCGUCUCCAAGUUCAUUGAGAAACUCCAACAAGACAUUCCAGGGAAGGGAGUGAAAGAACAGCUUCAGAACCUCUGCAACAUAUAUGCUUUGUAUAUUAUUCAUAAAAAUUUGGGUGAUUUCCUCUCCACUGGCAGCAUCACGGCCAAGCAAGGUUCGCUCGCCAAUGAUCAACUUAGAUCUCUAUAUUCCAAGCUCCGUCCCAAUGCCAUUGCCCUUGUUGAUGCAUUUAAUUAUACUGAUCACUAUCUUGGCUCGGUUCUUGGCCGCUAUGACGGUAAUGUUUACCCGAAUCUUUAUGCGGAGGCAUGGAAGGAUCCUCUUAAUGAAUCAGUUGUGCCCGAUGGCUAUCGGGAAUAUAUCCAGCCUUUGCUGAAGAACCAACUCCGAAAUGCAAGACUAUGAUUUUCACCGUGGUGUCGGAGGAUUGAAUCCAUGCUAAUAAAGCUAGGAGUUACUUGCUGUUCACAUUGUAUUGUCAUAUUUAUGCAACUACAAUGACUAGUUCCAGGAUAUGGGAAACAAAAGGUUUUAUAUUGUUCUUGAUAAAUGUCGCCAGCAGUAUUAGUAAAAAACAUUUUAAUAAGUUUUGGUUUAUACUUUAAUUCGACGGCCGUUCUCAUAU